AUGGACACCCGAAUCCUGAAAAAGAAAUUCACCACCUCCGUACUCCUCAGCGCACUUUGCAUAGCACUCCUAUACCUUUUCCUGGACUACCCAUGGGCCGCCCUCUACGUUCACGUGGAGCGUCAUCCUGGCCUGACCGAAGAUGACAUCCGUAUGUUCUCCCGAAACGCCAUCAACAACACUCUAGUCAUCAUCCCUUCAAAUCAUGGAAUGCUGCACUGGGUCGAGAAUCUCCUUUGCUCGUUGGAACCUACCGACUUCGAUGCGAGCAUGAUUGUGUUCUGGGCUUUGGACGAGAAUACGAAAGUAUACAUGACAGACAGGAACCGUACGGCAUAUCACAACCCGGCGUUCUUUGCGACGAGCGCGAAUGAGAACCGACAUGGUGAUACUGCUGCGUAUAAGCGCAUGAUGCUUGAGAGGCCGAAGUUUUACAUUGACGUCUUGUCGGCUGGGUUCAACAUUCUGAUGCUGGACGCAGACACGAUAUACUGGCAGUCGCCACUUUCAAUCCUUCCGGACGUGAGCGAGAGUGUCGAUGUUGUGUACAGUACAGAUUCGAGGGAGUUCUAUCAGGAUCAUAAUGCUUUUCAGGAUGCACGACGGAGAGGACCAUACGUGCCGCCUAUCUGCAAUGGAAUCUUCUGGAUGAGGAGCUCUGUCAGAACGAUCGCGCUUUGGACUGAAAUGCUUCAGAUCUUUGACCGAUCUUGGCUCUGGCGGCCGAAGGGGUUUCGCGAUGAUCAGCGCGGGAUGGAUGUCUUGCUGAACGAUGGCAGGGGACAAGUCGUGCCACCCUAUCCUGAUGGAGUCGACAGCAGCAUUGUGCCGACAAGUCCUAAUGCCAAAUCUGAGCUGGGUGUGAAAGUUCAAUUGCUGGAUCAGACGCAGGUGGUGAAUGGACAUUUGCUCAUGAACCGCAACGUAGUGUACAUGGAGAAUCUGGCGAAUCUGAGAGAGUCGAGAAGGGAUAGGAUUGCUGCCCAUUUCAACUGGUGGACGGAAGAGCUUAGCAAAGAAGAAGGCGCGGAACGACUGGGCUUGUAUUUGCUAGAUGAGAAUGGUCGAUGUAGAAAGCGUGAAUAA